AUGUGGUUCGAAACGCAAAAAAAUCUUGCGCUACCUGAAAGAAGUGUCUGGCAAGCCGCUUCAACAGAAGGAUGUGGAGAACAUGAUCGCCGAGAUGCGUCGCGAGACGUACAUUUCAUCAGAUGA